CGCGCAGGGGCGGCGCGCACGGCCGCGCAAGGCCGAGGCAGGCCGAGGCACGCGCACACUAGCGCCAUGAGGGAGACGCGCUCCGAGCGGGGCCGCCACAGCUCCGGCAGCAGCCUCUUCCAAUGCAUCGCGCCGCCCAAGAACAACUGGAGCCAGGUGCUGAUGACGGCAGAUCUGAGGCUCCAGCUGAACGAGCAGCUGCGAUGCCUGGACACGCGCGUGGACACGCAGACGGCCGUGGUCUCGGAGCUGCAGGAAUACUUCCGGCGUCGAGCGGAGGUCGAAAUGGAGUACAGCAGGAAUCUCGACAAACUGAACAAAUCGCUGUCCCAGCGCCACAAGGAUCUCAAACAAAAGCGGGAGCAGAUGCACCUGUUCUCCUCCUACUCGUGCUGGCAGCUGCUGAUGAACCAGACGCGCCAGGAGUCGCGCGACCGCGCCGUCCUCAGCGACGUCUACGCCAACGUCAUCACCAACAAGCUGUCCCGCAUCAGCGACGACCUGCAGCGCAUCUACAAGCGGUGUCGUCAGACCUGCGCCGAGUCACACGAGGAGCUGCUCAAGGUGCUGCACGAGUUGCAGGUGUCCACCAAGACGUACAACAUGUACUAUACGCAGUUCAGCAACGCUGAAAACAAGCUGCAGUACGUGGAGAACCAGAAGGGCAAGCUGGAACUCAACAUCCCCAAGGAAAAACUGGAGAAGUCGCGCAAGUUCCGACUCGUCGAGAAGGAAAUCCUCAAGCGGCGCAACAAGUACCAGGACACGCGGCUUAAGGCUCUGCAGGCGCGCAACGACUUCCUGCUAAGCCUGGAGGCGGCCAACGCGGCCGUGCACCGGUACUUCGCCGAUGACCUGUCCGACAUCAUGGACUGCAUGGACGUGGGCUUCCACACGGGGCUGGCACGUGCGCUGCUCAUGACGAUCGGCGCGCAGGAGUGUGUGACGGCCGGUCAGAAGGCGGGCGCCGACGGUCUGCACAAGACCAUCAGCUGCCUCGACUCGCGGCUCGACAAGCAGAAGUUCAUCGAGGCCAACAACAACCCGUUCAUGCUGCCCAAGAAGUUCGAGUUCAUGCCUCACCGCGGAGAUCUGACGAGCCGGUACGAGGUGGACCCCGAGAUCAAAGAGGAGACUCAGCUGCGCUACGACGCGCUCUGCCGGCGCAUCACCUCGCUGCGCACUUCCACCGAGGAGGUGUGGAAGACCAUGGAGACGGCCGAGCGCUCGCUGCUGGAGAUGGUGGCCACCGACGAGCUGGACGUGCGCGCGCUGUUCCGGCCGACCGGGCCGCCGCGGCCGCCCGAGACCGUGCUGGCCAAGCUGCGCGCCGACCACCAGGAGACGGAGACGUUCUACAUGUCGAAAUUCGCCGACUACGUGGGCGAGUCGAACCUGAUCGCGCGGCUCCAGGCCAAGUACGAGGUGCUGCGCUCGGGCCUGGGCGAGCACACCACACAGCUGAACCGGCUGAGCCGCAGCAUCUGCGAAAAGCCGCGCCGCAAACGGAUCGGCCGCGCGCCGGCCUGCGGCCAGCCGCGCCUCUUCGGCGGCAGCCUCGAGGAGUACCUGGAGCUCAGCGGACAGGAGAUCCCACUGAUUGUCCGCUCCAGCGUGCGCGUCAUCAAUCUGUUCGGUCUGCACCACCAGGGCAUCUUCCGCGUGUCCGGCUCGCAGGUGGAGAUCAACAACUUCCGCGACAGCUUCGAGCGUGGCGAGGACCCGCUGGCGGACGUGACGGACGCCUCCGACAUCAACUCGGUGGCCGGCGUGCUGAAGCUGUACCUGCGCGAGCUGCGCGAACCCUUCUUUCCGACGUUGUACUUCGACCAGUUCAUGGAGAUAGCGC